AAUAAUGAAAUUCACAUGAACUUCGAUUUAUUGAACAUAGGAAGUAUGUGGACUGUGACGGUGAAAACAUUAGAUUCACAAAAUCACAAGUUUGACGAUGUUGAUCCAACUCAGACUGUGGCAGAGUUUAAAUCAGUGAUUGCUGAGAAAGUGAAAGUUGAUGCUAGCCGCCAAAGACUUAUAUUUUGUGGCCGGGUUCUUCAGGAUAAUCAGAAGCUUAAUGAUUAUGAUGUGAACGGACGGGUUAUUCAUCUAGUUCAGCGUCUCCCCCCUGGAGCAAACCAGGGGCCUGAUAGGGUUGCGGAGAGUGAAGCAAGAGCAUCAAGCCGGGGUCCGUCACCCUCUCCUAGAGGUAGGAUUGAACAUAUUCAUGUACAUACGCAAGAUAUACCAUUCCCACAGUUCCUCUCCUCUCCGAGUGGAGCUGUCGGUCACUCGAGUCCCUUGGUUAGACUAAAUGUAGCUAGAGAGAUGUUGGUCCAAGCAAACAGGAAUCUGGAUAGAUUAGAUAAUCCUAUUGCUGUCAGAGAAGAAGCAGACCUACCUGGAGCAAAUAUAUCUGAACCUGAUGUUGAAAGCCCCCUGGGGGAACAUGUUCAUGGAGAGAUGGGGUUUGCUGCUGGUCCUAUUCAUAUUGAGAUGAUGAGUAUACCUGUCACAGCUGAUGGAGCUGUUGUAGGAGGAGCAGGAGCUCAACCUGGGUUUGCUGAAGCACUUUCUGCCAUGUUUACCGGAAUGGGGCCUAGACCAGGGCAGGGAGGAAGUCCAAGAAGAAUGUCAUUUAGAUUCGAAAACGGAGUGAUGGUUCCAAAUAAUGGGACUCCUGGAGCUUCAACUGGGAAUGGAGGAGCUGCUUCUCCAGCCUCCAGUACAGCUAAUACUUCAGCCACAAGAGGUUCAUCCACACCAUCACAAACUACAGCUGCUACAACAGCUUCUACUGCUACGCCUCUUCUAGCUAGUGGUGCAACAGGAGCUAGUAGUUCUACUCCCUCAGCAGACAGUGUUGCUUCAUCUUCAGAAACUAGUAGUGCCACUCCUACAGGAGCUAGUGGGUCUACGCCUCCUGGAGCUAGUGGUUCUACAUCUCCUGGAGCUAGUGGUUCUACAUCUCCUGGAGCUAGUGGUUCUACACCUCCUGGAGCUACGGGAGCAGAUGGUGAAGGUGCCGGAUCAGGUUUAAGAAUCAGACAUCCUCCUCCCGAGGUUUUGGCUGAAGUUCUAGAAGAAUAUCAGAGAACCAACGCCAGGUUGGUUGUUCAUCAAAAUAAUCUUAUUCCUUUACUCCGAGCUGAUGCUGUUUAUUCAGAAGAGGAAACGAAUGUGCACCAAACCAUGUUUAAUCUUGUUUCUCAAACAACACAUUUUUUAUCCCAUGCUCAGCACGCUAUGUCUGAUAUAAUGUUAAACUUCUCUCGACCUCCUCCGAGACAGCUCCGAGCUCGACUCUUCGUAAUACCAUCUAUUGUACACUCCGCCAGGGUUCACGCUGGACCUGUUAUCUCCGUGACCGCUGGAGAAUCUGCCCGAGGUACGGGCAGAACUUCAACAUCAACGAAUACUUCUACCAGUACAGCAACAUCAACAUCAGCUCCUGCUCCUACUGCUUCUGUUUCUUCAGCAACGUCUACAUCUACAACAACAAGUAGUACCGCAAGACAACGCACAGCAAGGAUGUCUACUGGUGGAAGGGCUCCUGGUGGACAGGCUCCAGGUGGUGCUAGUUUUACUGUCAGGGCAACUCCUCAUCCGGAGCAGAUGACGAAUGGUAUUCAUACUCUGGUUCAGAACGCUCUCCAGCAGGCUUUUAGAUCAGUCCCAACCUCGACCUCAUCUACGCCUGGUCGAAGAGGAAGUACUCCAGGCGUACCUUCAACAGGAGCAACUACAUCAGGAAGCUCCGCUAGUAGACCACAGAUGGGACAUUUUAAUAUACCGUUAACUCCACAGAUUGCUUCAAUGGGUAACAUGAAUUCUUUUGAUCCAUUCCUACAGUGCAGUUCUCAUCAUAUCCCUAACAACAGGAGUCCGUUGGGAGCCAGAGUCUCUUCUAGAACUAGACCUGGUAGAUCUGAGCCGGGAAGCGCAGGAGCUAGUAGAACAUCUUCUCUAGACCGACGUUCUACUAUAAACCGUGCUAGAACUGCCCCUACUCUCGGCAGCUCAUGGAUAACUUCGGGAACCACGUCGAGCACACCUUUAGAUAUUUCUCUUGGAGGUUUAUCCGGUACAGCGGGUUUGCCUGGAGUAGCUGGAGUACCCGGAGUACCUGUUCUAGACGCUCAAAAUAUACCCGUCGAACUUGCAGACAUAGGCAAUAUCUUUAGUCAGAUUUUCGGAGGUUCUACGGAGUCACCGAACCAGGAUGAUAUGAACGUGAUGAACGUUGUCCAAGGGAUAAUGGGCCAGGUUAUCAGUUCUCUAGGUGGACAACAGGAGUCAAGGACAAUAGCAGAGUUCCUCAAUACUCUUCCAGACUACAACUAUGUCGAGGGAGAAAGUUUAAUCACGGAUCUUCUCAUGACGUUGGCUCAGCACAUGAACUUCAGUGAUUUGAUGGGCGUGGUUGGACGGAACCCGAGCAGUUACGGAGGACUUCAGGCUCCGCUCCAGAGGUUUAUUCGUCAGAGGAUUCUAGAAGGGAAAGAGGCUACACGAGAAAACCUUCAGACCUGUCUCAUCAACAUCAUGGAUGAAUGGUAUCCAGAGAUGGAAAAUGCAACGUCUGCCGUGAAUAUCCGAGAUGAUAUUGUUUAUUCUGAAACUGCACAUAGAUUCCUCUCCGAUAGACCAAUGGAUCUGUUGAACCUGAUCAUGGAGGAGGACAACGAGUCCUUCCAGGCCAGGGUUGGACCUCUCCUCCGUCUUAUUGCAGCAGAGGGAACAGCUCUGUCUCUCCACUGCUUUUCCGACGGACAGGAGAGUUUAGAAAGACUCGUACAGAACAGGCUUAGUGCAUUAGCUCAUGAUAUUGGACCUAUGAUUCGUCAGUGGACGACAGGUUCGGCCAUAAAUCAUCUUCGCGGGUUCGUCACUGGUGUCCACGUAGAACUGGACGAGGUUAGACGAUUUAUUGUUCGUCGGGAAUCCAUGGAACAGUACGCUGCGGCUAGAGCAUCUAGACGAGCAGGACGUAUUCCCGUUCCAGAUUCUGGUUCUCAGAUGGAGGUGAGGACAGAGGGAUCUCCGGCUACAAUGGAAGUAGACCAGGAGGAGUUUCCAGUCGAAGAUGCUCCAAUGGUUUCUAUGGAAGUUCCAAUAAUUCCUGAGAACGGAGCAGUCCCAACCUUUCCUGCGUCCCUACUCAAUGUACCCCUUGAAGUAGGGGAAACAGAUGCCGAGGGAUGGCAGGGUGCUGUACCACCUGAAUGGGUUCCUAUUAUAUCCCGGGAUUCAAGACAAGUUGCUCCACGUCCUCUUCCCUAUAGUGAUGCAUAUAUUAGCGGUCAACCUUCCAAACGGAGAAGAUUAAACCAUGAGAAGAAACCUCGAGGAGACACUAUUAACCUUAUUUCAGAAACAUUAGAGGAAGCUGUAGAGAGCAGUGGAGUAUCUCCAGUCCGUGGUCUAGAUAAUUUACUUAGUUCCGCUAGUUCUAGUUCUUUACUCCAGGAUGCAGUACAAGAUUUAACCACAGAUACCAUACAGGUUAUUAUUAUUAUUAGCAUUAAACCUACAGUCAAAGUAUCAUGUCCUGCAGAAUAUGUUUAAUUUUAACCAAUUUUG